AUGAACGAACACAAUUCUACUGGAGAUGGAUCUAUAAGAAAAGAAAAAAUGAAUUUCAAUUUCAAGUCUUUUUCACAAUCUUUUUCUGAAAAAUCAGAAACUAAAGAAUUAAAAGGUUUUGCUCGCUUUUUUUUACAAGGAGAAUUAAUGCGUCAGUUUUUAUUGGACGAAGAUAUAUGGUUAUUUAUACAAAAUGUAAAAAUAAAGUUAAAAGAAGAUCCAAAUGAAAUGGACAAGUGGCUAGAUAAUCAAUUACAUAUAGCAAAAACUAAUGCAGGUAAUUUUUUUAAUUCAGAUAUUCCUCCUUUUCAUUAUAUAAAAAAAAAUGCUGAAUAUAAUCAUGCUAAAAUUGACAAAGAUUAUGAGAAAAAUGAUUUUACUCAUAACGAUUCUUUUAGAAAAAGUAAAUUCAUUGAUAAAUGUAUCAACAAAAAAAGUGAUACAAAGGAAUUAGAAAAAAGAAAUAUCAUGGAUAUUGAAGAAAUAAACAAGAAACUUAUAAAUGAAGUGAUAAAAAAGAACAUAGAAAAUAAAGAACAAAAAUUGGAAUUUUAUAAAAAAAUAGAAUAUAGAGAUAAUAAUGAAGAAAAUUAUGAUUUUAAUGAAACAAAGUUGGACAGUAUUUAUAAUAAUAAUAAUAUGAAAAUAGAGAAUGGAAUAAGUAAAAUAACAGUAAUAGAUAACAAAAAUGAAAAUAAUAAUGUUUUAAAAGAAUCCGUAGAUAAUAGAACUGAUAAAAAUGCAACAAAUAAGAAAGAUUAUAUGAAAAGAAGAAAAAAAGAAAUAGGAAAAAAUGAUUUUUUAAACACGAAUAGCAAUUAUGAUGAAGAAAUAGAAGAAAAAAAAAUUUUAAUGAAUAUUAAAUAUCAGCAUAGCUUAGAAAAUAAUUUAAAGAAUGAGAUUUUCAAUAAAAAACAGAAUAUAAUAAAUGCAUAUGAAAAUAAUUCAGUUCCCUCCAUAUAUAAAAAAAAAAAUGAUUUAGUAAUAACAAAUAAUAAUAUUGUGAAUAAUGAAAAUAAUGACUAUUUAAAAGACGAUAGUGAUUAUAUAAAUGAUGUAAGAAAUAGUGUUACUAAAAACAUAAAUAGUGAAGAUAAAUUUGAUAAACAAAAGGAAAAAAAUGAAAACAAACUAAUAGAAACUAAAUCCAACGAGUUUCAAUUUAGAAUGAAUGAGUUAAUGAAAAAAGAAAUAGAAGACGAAAUAAAAAAAGAAGAAUCCUUUCACCUAAAUAAAUUUAAUGAAAAUCAAUUAACUGAAAAUAAAUUAAAAGAAGGCAGUACGCAUUAUAAAAAUAAAUUAGCACAAAUGGAGUUAGCUCAAAAUAAUUCAAUAGAAAAUAAAUUUAAAAAUGAUUUCAUUGAAAACGUGUAUAGUAAAAAUAAUAAAAUAACUAAAAAUAAAUUAACUUCAAAAGAUAAAAAUAAAAAAAAUGAAGUGCAAAUUUUAAUACCUAAAGUGACCAUAAAAAUUGGAAGGUUAAUGAAUGAAGACACGGAUAUGAAGUUAAAAAAAAUAUUUAGCCAGUGUAAUAAUAAAAUGAAUUUAGAGAAUUUUGAAAAUUUAAUAGUUGUAAAUUUUUUAAAGAUAGGGAAAUAUAUGAGUCAUACAUUAUUUUCAAAAAUUGAUAAAGUUCAUAAUGAUUUUAUAACAUAUAAAAAUUUAAAAAAAUUUUUUUGCAACCGUUUCAUUGACGGGACAAAAGAUCCAAGUUAUUAUGAUGAUGAAAAAUACAAAAAUAUGUUUAAAAAAGGUAAAAAAGAUUUUUUUGAAAGUUAUUUUUAUAAUUCUAUACAAAAUGAAUAUACUAAAAAUGAUUUAAUGUAUGACAAUGAAAUAGAUGAUUUUAAUUCAAGUCAAAAAGGAGAUCAUAUAGAAGUUCCAUUUAAAAAAUGUUCUAUUAUAAAUUUUUUCAAUGCAAUUAGAGAUGAAAAGAACGAUUAUUUAGAAUUUAAGGAUUUUGAUGCAUACGUAAGGGAAAUUUUAAGAAGAAACAAAUCUUUGCAAUUUUUAUUAGAUCAUGUAGAAUUUUUAGAAAGAUAUAUAGAAUCAGUGAUUGUUCGGUUGUAUUAUCAUAUAGACAUAAACGAUACAAAUAAAAUAUAUUUAAAUGAUCUGAGAAAACACGAUUUAGCUCAUGUUUGGUGCUCUCUAGACGAUUCCAUAAAAGUGCAGCACAUUAGAAAAUACUUUAACUAUUCCCAUUUUUAUGUAUAUUAUUGUACUUUUUGCCAGACAAGUAGCUGUAAAGACAUGUUGAUAGAUAAUAAUGAUUUAUAUCGAUUUGAUAAUCAUUCUUUAAAUGAUUUUAUAGUUAAUAGGAUAUGGUCAAGAAUAUCAAUGAAAUUAGCUGGACCUAAUCAAAAAUAUAUGUGUUUGAACGAUUGGAUAUAUUUUAUAAUGAACUAUGAAGAUAUGACUUCAAAUAGAUCUAUUGAAUUUUGGUUUAAAUUAAUUGAUUUAGAUGCAGAUUGUGUAAUAAGAGAUCAUGAGAUUCAAGUUUUUUUUAAUAUACAAAUGGAAAGAUUAAAAUCUCAUUACUUAGAGGAACCUAAAUUCGAAGAUUGGCUGUGCCAAAUGAACGAUGCUAUUCAACCAACUACUGAAGGAAAUUUCACUUUAUCCGAUUUUAAAAAAAAUAGAAAAUAUGCUGCAAAAUUUUUUGGAUGCUUGGUUAGCUUAUCAAAAUUAUUAGCAUGGGAAAGUAGAGAUGUGCAUAAAGAACUUCAAAUUGAAACAGAAUUUCCAUAUUGGACUCCAUGGGAAAUUUUUUGUAAAACGAAAUAUGAUGAACUGUGUUAUAUUGAAAAUGAGAGUUGCUAUGAUGAAAACCUUGAUAAUUACGAAAAUUAUGAUUCGAAAAACUUUUAUAUCCUAGAUUCAGAUUAA